AAUCUAUAAAUGUAACAGAUGUUGAGGGACAAGAUACAAAAUUACAAAAUCAUACUAAAAUUACAAAUACAAUCCAACCAUAUAAACCUAUUCUCAUUGUGUUUAGACCUUUUGUCAACUUUAUUCUCUGGAACAGUAAUGGUACAAACAUCAUAUGUAAAACUCGUCUUUUGUUUAAAUUUCAACAUACAACUUUCCUCGUAUGUCGAAGUCUCUCCUCUCUCGCAUCACUCCCCGACACAGUCGCAAUUCAAAAUCACCCUCCAACAUUCCGACUCAUAUCAAGAAAAUCGUUAACCAAAUCUGUGACAUUCUCACAACUCGAAAUACCCACUGGGAAGAAACACUCGAAACUCGACUCUCUGAAGAAGACAUCGUUCCAUCGGAUGUUGCUCACCAAGUGUUUGACAAAAUUCGAGACGUUGAAUCGGGGUUGAAGUUCUUUGAUUGGAUUUUACACCGCCCUUAUGGCUGUCCUCUUAAUGGGAUUGCUUAUUCUUCUCUUUUAAAGCUCUUAGCCAAGUCAAAAGCUUUUCGUGAGAUUGAUUCGGUGUUUAUUCGUAUGAAAACCGAAAAAGAAUUGCCCACCCUUGACGCUUUAAAUUAUAUAAUUCGAGUCUAUUCGGAAUGUGGGUUGAUCGAUAAAGCUCUUGAAUUCUAUUCAUAUGUAACUGAGACAUACAGCUGUCUUCCAAAUGUUUUUGCUUGUAAUUCUUUGUUGUCUGGGCUUGUGAAAAGUGGUCGCCUGGAAACUGCACACCAAGUGUAUGACGAAAUGCUUCAAAGAAACGACGAGACUGGAACUUCUUGCUGUGCUGAUAACUUUAGUACUUCUAUAAUGGUAAACGCGCUUUGUAAGAAAGGAAAGGUAGAGGAAGCCAGAAAGCUAAUUCUUGAUAGAUGGGGGCAAGGUUGCAUACCCAAUGUUGUCUUCUACAAUACACUCAUCGAUGGAUAUUGCAAGAAAGGUGAUGCUGAAAAAGCAUUUUUGUUAUUCAAAGAGCUCAAAUUAAAGGGCUUUUUGCCUAGUGUACAAACAUAUGGAGCAGUGAUAAAUGGUCUUUGCAAAGAAGGAAAUUUCAGUAUUGUUGAAAGGCUUAUAAACGAAAUGAAGUCAAGAGGUUUGAUUAUUAAUGUUCAAGUUUAUAACACCAUAAUCGAUGCUCAAUGUCGCCAUGGCUACAAGACAAAAGCAGUAGAAAUGUUGAGAAAAAUGAUUGAAAUUGGUUGUUCACCAGAUAUUAUAACAUAUAAUAUUUUAAUACAUGAUUCUUGUAGACAUGGGAAAGUUAAAGAAGCUGAGCAACUUAUCGAACAGGCUUCAAGAAUAGGAUUGAUCCCCAAUCGGUUAACUUAUACACCACUUUUGAACACAUAUUGCAAACAAAAUGAUGUAAACAAGGCAUUGGAUUUGCUUUUAAAGAUGAUUGAUAAUGGCGAAAAACCAGACCUACUAACAUACGCUUCUCUCAUCCAUGGAAUUGUUGUUUUAGGGGAAGUUGAUACUGCAUUGGUAAUCUUGGACAAGAUGACAGAAAGAGGAGUGUUCCCUGAUGCAGGGGUAUAUAAUGUAAUUUUGAGUGGACUUUGUAAAAAAGGAAAACUUCCUGCUGCCAAGAACCUUCUUUCCAACAUGCUUGAUCGCAAUAUUCAACCCGAUAAAUUCGUGUAUGCAACUUUAAUAGAUGGAUUUGUAAGAAAUGAACAAUUUGAUGAAGCCAAGAAGAUAUUCGAGGAUACGAUUCAAAAGAAUAUGAAUCUUGAUGUUGUUGGGUAUAAUGCAAUGAUUAAGGGGUAUUGUAAAGAUGGAAAGUUAAAAGAUGCGAUUUUAUUCGUCAAAAAGAUGAUCAAAACACGUGUUUUUCCCGAUGAGUUUACUUAUUCUACAAUAAUCGAUGGGUAUGUAAAGCAACAUGAUAUGGAGGGGGCUUUAGGGAUUUUUAGUCGUAUGGUGAAAGAGAACUGUAAGCCGAAUGUGGUUACAUAUACUUCUUUGAUUAAUGGAUUUUGUCAAAAGGGCGAUUUUGUCAAUGCUGAAAAAUUACUCAAGGAAAUGAAACUUUGUGGCUUGAUCCCUAAUGUUGUUACUUAUAGUAUACUAAUCGGAAGCUAUUGCAAAAAUGGGAAGUUAGAAAAGGCGGCUUUGGUUUUUGAACAAAUGUUAAUGAACAAGUGUGAACCGAAUGAUGUUACCUUUCGUUAUUUGGUUCAUGGGUUCUCAAAGUAUGUUGCUAAGAAAGGUAAUGAGUUUGAUGAAGGUAAGAAUAAGUCUAUGUUUCUUGAUUUUAAUAAUAGGAUGAUAUUGGAUGGUUUUUCGCCAAGAGUGGCUACAUAUACUACCAUUGUUGUAUGCCUUUGUCUUCAUGGAAUGAUGAGUGUUUCUUUGAAGUUGAGUGAUAAAAUUGGGAUUAGGGAUUGCCCUAUUGUUUUUGGUGCUUUGAUAUAUGGUAUUUGUUUGGAAGGGAAGGGAAAAGAAUGGAAGACUGUUGUUUCUUGCAACUUGAAUGAGUCGGAACUCGGUAUCGCUGUAAAGUAUUCGUUAGUUUUUGAUCGGUAUGUCCCGCUAAAGGUGGGCUUUGAAGGUUCGUUGAUUUUGCGGAUAUUGCUUGAUGAUUUCAAGUCCAAAGAUCUCAAAGACUAGGACAAUUGGCUCUAGAUUUAUACAUUUGCAAAGAAACUGAGAGUUUGAAUCUCAAGAGACAAUUGUCCACCUGAUUUACAUCUCACGUAAUGCUUGUAAAGCAGGAUAAUGUAGAACAGUUCAGGGGUUGCUGGAAAAACAACAUUUUUUUGUAGAAAAACAUGGGCACCUAAUGUUUUGGUUAGUUAGGGAUAGGGAAAUCUAUGUGGCCACUAAAUAUCGUCUCCAAUCCAUAACAUCAUUUUUUUUAUAAAAAAAAAAUAUUUCAAAUA